GUUGUAGAAGAUCCAAAGAAGAAAUCUUCUAAGAAAAGCAGUGUUAUGAGUAUUGUAGAUGAAGCUAUCGUAUGGGGUAAACGAAUCGUUGACCCAUGGUAUCGAAUGACAUCUUGCCCGAAAAAUAUCAUUACUGUAAUCGAGUUUUGCCAGGUGCAAGGUCCAAGACCACUAUAUUCUUAUCCAGUCCAUACUUGCAAUCAACAUCUUGAUUUGGACAAUGUAGCACUUUGGUUGAUGAGUGCUGAAGUAAUCAUUGGUUCAAGCACGAUUGUUUAUAAUCAGCAAAUGGCCGUCUAUGCAUGUGUUCAUUACUCUACCAUAUUCGACUUGUAUGCUCGGGCUUUUCAAAGACCGAUAUCCAUUGCAUUGUUAUCUUCUUUAAAGCCAUCAGCUGCGGUAUUCAAGGAAUUUAUUGAAAUAAGUAAACGCUUGCUAACACCAUUACUAGUUUGUAAUCAAACAUUGUUCAGGUCUCAUCUUACUCGAUUGAUUGGAAUAGCCAAAACUAUCGAUAUAAAAUUAUACGAAGAAAAGAAAAAAGUGUCAAAAUCUGCUGUAAUCAAAGUUCAGUCACUAGCUGAGCAGGGAAAACGGUUAUUGAAGCGUUUAGAAAAUAGUGCUUUUCAAAAAGUAUUGUGUGAUUCGAGAUGUUGUAAAGGACAUGAGUUAACAGAUACUGACAUUAAAUUUCUGGAGUUCUUGAAUGAUAAUCCUUCACCAUUACUGCAGCAAGUCCAGUUUCUAGCACCAUGCGCAUAUGAUGAAUUCAUAAAAGAAAUUGCAAAUGCAUAUGAAAAACUUUCAAGGAUUGCUCAUUCUCCCCAAUCAGGAACUCUAUUUUGUGCUGCAGUGCCGAUUCUAAAACUAAAAGAUUGUUAUAAUCACAGUCUUAAUUCUGGUGAAUCUGGUGCUAGCCUUGUUAAAAUGCAAGAUGAAAAUGAUUAUAUAAGGAACUUAACUACUAUAACAGAAGGUCUAGACAAGAUUCUGUUUGCUUUGUUAAGUGGUGAAGAUUUAGCACUUUGGUCAGUGGAGGAGCGAAAAAGUUUAGGCAAAGAUUUACUCAAAAAAAUUAAUUUGCUACGAGUUUGUAUGCAAGCGCAAAGUGCACCAUGGAAGGGAGAAUAUGACAAUUCGGCAAGAGAUUGUCAGUUGUUUGGCGAGAGUGUACCUUGGAAAACAACAGUGAACGAUUCAAGUGAUGCAAGUUUAUGCGUGUACGACGUUGAGGGGCGAUGGCUCAAAUGCAGAAAUUAUAAGGGAAAGAUGUUAAAUUUCUUGUCAUCUAAACGAAGUGAUUCAUUUCCCACCGAUUACGCACUAAUUCAGUAUGUAAUGUCGCAAUUAACAGAUUUUUGCUCAGUCCUUUACUUGGCCUACUACAGUGACCUAAACAAAUUGCGAGAGCAUCUAAAAUUGGAAGAGGAUGAUUUCUCAAUGGUUCUUAAUUUAUUGGCUCAAGUUAAUGUUUUAAAGUAUGGUAAGAUGAAAGAAAAAGUAAAGGAGUGCAAAAGUGCAGGGAUGAUCAUUGUCAAGGUUUAA